AUGGCGACGGCCGCACUGGCCGAUGCAAGCCGCAAAGAUCGACGGCGAAAAGAUCUCGAUCAACGCAUUACUGAGGCCCGAGAAGACUUGGCUCGGGUCUUACGAGAGUCUUCGUUAGCAGACUGUAAUACCGCGCUAAAUAAAGAGGGCCUGGGACUGCUAUUACGCAAAGGACAUGCCUUGGAUGAGACCUCCAUCAACUUGGCGUCUCACCGCAAGGUGGUCGAAGGACUUCGUGCCAUUUGCGAUUCGCCAGGACAAUUAUUGCGGCAAGGGUCUGAGAUGAAGCAUCGAAACUCCUAUUCGUCCUGGCUGCAUGAGCAGUUCGGCCUCCAGAGGCGAUGGUGGACCCAGCGGCCGGCUGCCAAUGCAGGAUUGGACGAUAUCGAGGCAUUAUUACUUGCAGAAGAGUAUGCGCUCAUGAGCUAUGGCUUGGAGAACGAGAAACACGCAAGCACGGACGCGUUCAAGCAAAGGGAGCCACAGACGCCGCUUCAGUUCACUAAGAUGACUGAGGCGACAAAUCAACUCGUGGACGAGCUCUUAGGCGAGGCAAAUCGAUUAGGUUACCCAGAUGACAUCGCGGCGCAAAAAGCUUCCAAGGAAAGUUUGGAUUCCCCAUGGACGGCUAUACGUAUGUUGAGAUCCGAUGGAUAUCCAAUGUACCGACAUCCCGAUUUAGCCCCAGAGGCUGCAAUUGAAGCACGGCUUGCUGCCAACACGGCAACGAGGAAGAUUUUUCAAGACUGGGAGUACACAAGGGCCUACGGCCCGUCGAAGACAAAGUUUCUCUCCGGGAGGAGACAGCCAGAGGACAACUGGUACAGGAAGCAAAUCAAGUUUUGGGUAGCUAAGUUGUGCUACAACAUGCUUGUUUCAACCGCACCCCCCGGCAUCUACAACUACAACGCUCUGAUUUUGGGGUUUACUCGUGUCGGAGAGCACUCCUUGGCCGGGCUGGUUGUCAAUUCCCUGUUAUACCAGAGUCGCCUGCUGCCAACGCAGCAGACAUUAGUGUGCUUACUACAACAUUACCGGGCACAGGGCGAUCUCGUUGGGUUCUAUAAAUUGAUUCGCCGGCUCGUAGCGGAGGACUCUCGUGGAGCGAAGAUUCGGCGACGGUCUUUGAUUGAUAUGAAAGCACGCCCUUAUAUGAUGGGAUGGGCAAAUACGCACGACGUCACGGUCACAGACGGGUUUGUGGUGCAAAGAGCAGAGAUCGACGGACCUGUCUUUAAUGCCAUUCUGACAGGUCUUCUGUCUCUGGGCCAGGUGCGACACGCAGCUGUGGCAUUUGCCAGUUUUCUGAGCGAUUGUUAUGAAAUCAAGACAGGCGCUGUGAACUGGGUUGUGAACUGCGUGUUGGACGCGGUGGACGUUCCCGCAGCGCGUGUGCUGUUACGUGGUUUCGUGGAGAAUGCGAGUCGAAUUACGCCAUUGCUUAUGAGCGAAGAGCGGUAUGCAAGGAAACUGUCCAUUAAGAUCCAGCUACUACUGUCAGUGGCAUCGGUGUCUGGGCCGUCAGGGCAGGUGCAGACGCAGCACCAGAACCUAGGCCAUGGCUACGACAGCCUGGUAGAUGACAACUGCCAGCGCAUCGCUCAUGCCCUAUUUGUGUCAGAUACGCUGCAGUACGUAAAGCGCCUCCGCCAGAUCGUACUUGCGGCGCAGGGCGCCGUUACAACCGACGAGGCAUUGUUCAGGAUGUCUGCCCGUUCGUGGUCGGUCCAAUUUGACAGCCUACAAGGGCGACAAACGAGACUGGACCAGGAGCGAUCAACGUACCGAAAAAUGGCCGAGCUGACAACGAUUGACGAGGCUGCACGGACAAUCUUCAGAGUCUGUGCACAUGUCAUGGAGACGUUCCUAGUCAUUGUCUCUGACGGCAUGGACAUUUCGGAUUUAUAUCGGAAAUUUUUGCGGCAAAGCGAGCUUCCGUUCAUGAUUCGGUUCGAGUCUUAUGUUGCCACAUCUCGAAAAACAGCAACGCCGGCACCGGCGGAAUCUCGAAAGCAGGCAUCGAUGGUGGAACGUAUGGUUGUCGUGGAUGGACCAGCCGUUGGAGGUUUCCUGGAGGAUCGGUUCAAGCACAUUCUCCUGUCCCCCCUGUCUCCAGACGAUCACGCAGCUGCAGGCAUCGAUGCCACUAGGAACAUGUUCAGGGAUGUAGCGCUAGAUGCUGUUCUGGAAGCCAGGGCUCUCCACGAUCUGAAGCAACCUAAAAGAAACGGUGGCGCCGAGACACAAGUGGAGCUGUCCGUCCCACAGGCAAAAGAAGAGACGCAGCGUGCUGUACGGGUAGAAUUUGGGUCGCGUUAUCCCUAUGGACUGUUCCAGGCCGGAGCCAUUCUGCCCAACAAUUAG